UCGCGAUGGGCGGUGAAUGACCCAGAGUGAUAUCAAGCCUAUCACCCACGUUUUUGGGUUGUACCCAUUUUUUUUUAACGUUUUAGAAAACAUCUCUCAUAUCUUCAUGCCAGGGGGUUCACAAUUAACUUUGCGCCCAGGUGCUUCAUCGAUGAACAACGACAGAAGGACCUAGAAAACAAAGGAGAGAGAUCCCAUACUAAACCAACUCUAACCACGCUUACAACGUAAUUCAUGGUAACAUUUUACAUUUUGAGAAAGAAAAUCUUGAUCGCUGAAUCGGAGAAAAUUAUUGAUAUGUUUGGAAGGGCAAGUUGAUAAUAUUGCGCAAGACAAACCCAGGCCAAGAGUUUUCAACUUUCGUCGCAAUACGUGCAAGCUUCUUUGUGAGGACUUAGGCGGGAAGUGUUUGCUCUUGUUGGAAAGCUGUUUAUUUUUCUCUCAACAACACUUUCGCGGAAUGCCAUUACCCGCAGAGGUUAAAGGGCUGAUAUUUGAUUGUGACGGGACAUUGCUGGAUACGAUGCCUUUACACUGGAAGGCUUGGUGUGCAAUCUGCAAGGAAACUGGUUUAAAGUUUGACAAGGAGAGCUUCUUCGCUCUUGCAGGAGUACCUGGGAGAGAGAUUAUUCGCGAACUAGCAAACCAGCAAGGGAUCAAUUUAGAUCCUCUCGAAGUGUACGCUAGGAAGCGAUCUUUCUUCCUCAAAGGACUACAAUCUGUGAAAAUAAUUCCUUGCGUUGUACGCUUUGUUUUGGAGGCUCGACGCCUUGGUAUUCCAACAGCAGUAGCAUCAGGGAGUUCCCGUGUUCAAGUCGAACAAGGUAUAUGGAGUCAAAAAAUUUUUACAUGCUCACUAAAUAAAUGGACAGUUUUACUUUGAAUAGUUUUUCCAAGUUGUGGUCGACUUUUCAGUGUUUUGAACAUUGAUCACUUGACGCAUGAGAAGGGUCAAAGUCCAUUUCCGCAAACUCUCCAGAUCACCCUUUGACCACACUAACGAUUCAUCCUUUCAUGAUCACUUUACUCACUUUUAAAAAGUUUGAAUAUUCACCCUACCUUAAAAUUAAAAAGAAACGUAGAGAAAUCAAAGACAUGAGAAGUGUCUACACUUCACGAUCAUAAGUUAAUUGCUGCGGCUCGUGAUGUGAAUAAAUUUCAGCUGAAAUCCGCCCUUAUAUUAGGAACAACACGCGAACUACACGAAAUGUGGUCAGAACAUUUUAAUAUAGUGUAAGUUAUCGAAAGAUAAUAUUUGUAUUAUUUACUUCGCUGUUCAUGACAUUAAAUAGCUCUGAUAGAAGCUGGGAUUCGUGACUUGUUCGACGAAAUUGUUGGAAACGAAGAUUAUCAGAAUGCCAAACCUCAUCCUGACGCAUUCCUUACAGCUGCAGAAAGAUUGGGUAUAAACCCUCACGACUGCUGGGCGUUUGAAGACUCGUGAGUAUUUCAAGAUUUUUUCGAUUGAAUGUAUUGUUCAACCGAAUUUAUAUGGCUUUACAAAGUAACUCACUUGCCCAUAGUUCCUUUUUUAACAACUGAUUGUCUAGUAAUUGAUCGCAGAUGACGUUUAAGGGUGGUAAGAACAAAUAAGAGGUAUGCGAAGUGCAGCCAAGUGUGUCAGUGAUAUUCUAGCCAUAUUUCGACGUCCCCUGUGAUCUAUUUUUGAACAGAACCACGGCAACUUGGCUACAAAAUGAUAAAUUUAAUUCAUUUCGUGUCCCACACAAAACUUAAUUUUAAAAAUUAAAAAAAUUUUAAAAAAAUAACCACAGGUAGUUGGUAAGUCAAAGAGGUAACAGUUUAAAAGAAAGAAGGAAUUAGAAUGAUAAACUUCAGAGAAGAUACACAUGAAUUGCAAACAAAAAAUACACAUUUCAAGAUGUGCAAAUGCUAAGGUAAUCGAGAAUCAAGGAUCAAGAAUUGAUUUUCUGGGGGCUGUAAACUUACUUUUGAACAGGUUAAAAAAUAUAAAUACUGAUUAAUUUACAUCACAAUAUUUCAGGGACAUUGGAAUUGAAGCAAUAAAAAGAGCUAACUUUGCCAAAUUUGUGGAUGUGCGGCUUCUAGAGGGGUAUCCUGUGGAAGGUAGACUUGAAAGUAAAGGCUAGGGAUUGAGGGUUCCUGAAAUGAAGAUACACAAGCCACAUUGUGAGGUGCUGACCAGUCCAGAUGGCCCCCACAAGUUUCAGUGCUGACCAGGACUGAUUUAGGGUUAGACUGCAGAGCCUCCUCACUAGCAAUCGUAGAUGACUGUUAAAAAUUUGCAUUUACUUGAAUUGGAGAAUUCACCAUGAGUGUAAUUUCCCUGCUGGCAUAGGAAAACAAGCAAAGCAGGAGGUAGUAAUCAACACUAGUGUGAAUGAACAGUCUUCAAAGAAACAUUAAGAUUUAGAGGGUCUGCACCCUUUAGAAGUGUCUAACAACAAAAAAAAAAUUGUAGAAAGGUUUUUCAAGUUAGGCAUAUUUUUAAUUCCUUUGAUAAUGUUACCCAAACUUAUCUUUUCCCAAAAAACAAACAAAAGAGGACAGUUACUAAAGCAAAUUUUAAGCCAUGAUAGUAAUGAAUUUAAAUACCAGUAUUGUUGAUUUGUUAUCAUUAAAUUUUUUCAAGAAUAGGUAGAUAUUUUAAAAAUUAGUUCAGUUCAUUAAUUGUAGUUAUUUAGCAGCAGCAUGUGCAUUGUUCUUUUUUCUUGCAUAAACUUCAAGUUGUAACCUGCAGAAAACAAGGAUGCAAAUUCUGAAUUUUGUAUUCACAUCAAUCACCACAUAGUUUUACAUCAUUUUUUUUUUAAUUUAGAUCUCCAAUGUUUCAUCUAAACUUGAUAUUGUAUUAGUGUUUUCUCUCAUUUUUUUCCAUGUCAGGUAAAAUAAAUUUUUAACUAGUAGAGCAACCUUCUACUUGUUGAAUUUUCAGGAAUUCCAAGCCAUGUUGGGCAUUAAUAAGAUGCACUUCAGGUAGUUAAUUUAAGCAGUUAUCACCUGAAAAGGAGAAUACUGUUGUAUCAUACUUGUUCUACUUAGACUUUUAUGUGAAGUACUAGACAAGUACAGUCUUGAAGUGUGAUAACUACACCAUUGCUUUUAUGCUUAUGAAAUUUUUACCUGAAAUACAGAGUAGGUGAUAUAACAUGUUAGUUGCUUUUGUGUACAUAUUCUUUUAUCGUUUAACUUUUCUUUCUAAGAACACAUCAGAAGUCACUUGCCAAAAAAUAUGUAAGUAGCAUUAUUAAUUCAAUAUUAUAUUUAUUCAAUAAAAUGCUCUUGCCCCACUACAAUUUGUUCACAAGUGGAGUAAUUCAAACUGACAAUACCAAUAGCUACAGCUGUGGUAUUUUCAAAUGUUUGAUUCACACAUGGAUAACAUUUAUCAGAGAGCAAACAGUAUUUAAGUACUGUUAUUUUAACAAUUCACAGAACUUUACAUGUAGUGUAUUGGAGUCAACAACAAAUUUCAUUUUUGGGCUUAAAACUUUUCAAACCAGUUCUGUAUUUUUCUAUCUCUUGUAUCUUAUUAUUACCAUUGUUAUCAUUAUUACAAUCUGAAACAUAGUAAAAGUAAAAUGAAACUGGUUCGAAAAGUUUAAACCAAAGAUCACCAAUAUCCACACACAAG